AUGGGUCCGGAGCCACUAGCGCAGCGGAAGAGGCAGCCCGACUUCCUGUUUGCCGCCUCCCGACCCCGGCUCAUUUCCCGGGCCGGGAAGCCGCCGAAGGCCGCGAGUUUCUCGAAGACUAUCCCGCCCGCUCGGCUCCGCCUCCCGCACCCCAGAAUCCCGCCCUUGGCCUGGGAGCCCGCCCGGGCUGCAGUGAAGGCAUCAGGGCUGUGCACCAGAGGGCGCUGCGAGGCCGUCCGGGCAGCGCACCGAUGGGGCCGCGGGCCACUCCAGACUCCGGGAUUUUUCUACAGAGAUGGAGCUGAACCAAUCAGCGGGCGCGCUGGACCAGGGGCAGGCGGCUCAAUUACCCACUCAGAGGGCGGCGCGGUUAACCGGGCAGCAAAAUCCAAAGGGGCCGCGCAGCUGGAGCGACCAAGCGGUGCCAGGCCAGGUGUGCGCGUCCGUCGGUCCUUCCGUGCCCCCGCCGGAGACCUGCCCCGGAGGCCGCCCGGGCCCGUCCCUGUGCCCGGCACCAUGAAACAGGAGUCUGCAGCCCGGAACACCCGGCCCACCUCGCCGCCACCCGCCUCGUCGCCUGCGCAGCUGCCCGGGGUCGACGGCGACCCCCAAGCGCUGUGGAUUUUCGGGUAUGGCUCCCUGGUGUGGAGGCCCGACUUCGCCUAUAGCGACAGCCGUGUGGGCUUCGUGCGCGGCUAUAGCCGCAGGUUCUGGCAAGGAGACACCUUCCAUCGGGGCAGUGACAAGAUGCCUGGUCGUGUUGUGACCCUCCUUGAAGAUCAUGAGGGCUGCACUUGGGGUGUUGCAUACCAGGUGCGAGGUGAGCAGGUGAGCGAGGCCCUGAAGUACCUGAACGUGCGGGAGGCAGUGCUUGGAGGCUAUGAUACCAAGGAGGUCACCUUCUACCCCCAAGAUACUCCUGACCAACCACUCAAGGCACUGGCCUAUGUGGCCACCCCACAGAACCCUGGUUAUCUGGGCCCUGCGCCUGAGGAGGCCAUUGCUACACAGAUCUUGGCCUGCCGUGGUUUCUCCGGUCACAAUCUUGAGUACUUGCUGCGCUUGGCAGACUUCAUGCAGCUCUGUGGACCCCAGGCACAGGAUGAGCACCUGGCAGCCAUCGUUGAUGCUGUGGGCACCAUGCUGCCCUGCUUCUGCCCCACCGAGCAGGCUUUGGCACUGGUCUGAGGGGCUGAGCCCUGGCAGGGAGUGCCUAUGUUGUCGUGGGGGCCAGGUCCCCACUCCUGUGCACAAAGACAGACUUGAUACAACUGGAGCCCAAUGAGAGGACUCGUGGGCAGCAGGCGUUUCUCUACCUAAGCCCUUGCCUGUCCGUCAACCUCCAGCUCUCUCCUGCCUGAUGCUGACUUACUACUUGAAACUUUAUUUAUUGCACCAUGUUGGUGUUGUGGGCAAGGUGAGGGGCCUGCCCUGGACGUAGGGGCUCUGCUGAGUGGUGCCCCACCCUAGGCACCUGGUGCCUGACCAGAUUCCCCUCAGUGCUGCUGCUAACCCCACACCACCCAGGCCUCCAGCUCCCCAGGGAGCCUUCAAGAGCCUUGACCCUCUGCCCUCGACCCCCAGAUCAAUCUUUCCCUAGCCCCGGAAGUACCACCUAAGAAAGGUCUCAGCCUGCUGAUGAGGGACAGGAGGAAGUACGGAGAAGGGGGCCUUGUAGGAACUGAGUCCCCUGUUAGCCCUGCUUAUUCCCCAGGUCCCCAGGGCAAAUCUGGGUCUGGAGCCAGAUCUGGGCCUAGGCCUCUGAGCCAUUUGGCUUUGCUUCCCUGUCCAGUGUGUCUGGGCCAAUCCUGUCUGUCUGUUUGUCUAUUGGUAGGAAGCUUAUUACUAUAGGCCCUGGCAUCAUCCCAGUCUGUCCCAUAAUAUUAUCCAUAAACUGAUCUCUUAUUA